UUAUAAAUGCCGUCCACAAAGUACAUAAUUUAUAUACACAACAGAAUUUGAGAGUUUCAGAUUAGUGGUGUGAGAAUGGAAACUGAUGAGGUAGUAUUCAGCAGAAAAGACUUGGGCGGUUCUCUACCAGUUGAGAAUGUUCAAGCUCUUGCUUCCAACACCUUGAAAGAAAUACCACCCCGAUACAUCCGGCCUGAAAUCGAACAUGAGCCAGCUUCCGUUGAGGACUCGCUUCAAAUUCCAGUUGUUGAUAUCAACAAGCUUAAUGAUGAUGAUGAUGAUGAUGAAUUAGCUAAACUUCAUUUGGCUUGUAAGGAAUGGGGUUUCUUUCAGUUGAUCAACCAUGAUGUACCUGAAGGAGUGAUUAAGAAAAUGAAGAGUGACACUGAGGAGUUCUUCCAGCUGCCACUAGAAGUAAAGAAGACUUAUGCACAGCUGCCAAAUCAUAUUGAAGGUUAUGGCCAAGCCUUUGUAGUUUCUGAAGAUCAAAAACUUGACUGGGGAGACAUGCUCUUCCUACUCUCACAACCACUCUCCAUCAGAAAUCUCACAUUCUGGCCUACCCUCCCCACUUCUUUCAGGGAGACACUGCAUAAAUACUCAGAGGAACUUCAACAGAUCACACUCUAUCUAUGGAAGUUGAUAUGUAAGAAUCUGGGGCUCGAUUCAGAGGAGCUGGCAAGCAUGUUCGAGGAUGGAACGCAAGGUCUAAGGAUGAAUUAUUAUCCACCCUGUCAGCAAGCUAGCAGGGUUAUGGGUCUCACUCCACAUUCAGAUUCUGUGGGUUUGACUCUAUUAGUUCAAGUUAACGAAGUUCAAGGUUUACAAAUCAAGAAAAAUGGCAGAUGGGUACCCGUUAAACCGGUACCCGGUGCAUUCAUCGUCAACAUCGGCGACAUCAUUGAGAUAAUGAGUAAUGGAGAGUAUAAGAGCAUAGAGCACAGAGCUGUGGUGAACACAGAAAGGGAACGGCUUUCAAUUGCAGCGUUUCACAGCCCGAAUAUGAGGACCGCGAUUGGUCCCUUGCCAGAUCUUGUCAAGGAUAAUGCAGCAAACUACAAGACCGUAAGCAGCGAGGAGUAUAUUAAACACGUCGUAACCAGCAAACUCGACGGUAAAAACGUACUGGAACAUAUGAAAUUGAAGGUGUGACAUACUCAAGACAGCAAAAGGAGUGAACUAGAUAAUCUUGUAAGAAUGACUUUUGAGUGUCAUUAAACCAUAAUGUAGAUGUAAAUAUAUUAAGUAAAAAGAUUGUAUUUCAUAUGGACUCAAUAAUAUGGAAUA